GGUAUCUUCUCAAAGAACAAGUUCGCAUGAGUAGUCAGAAAUAUACCGGGCGGGUCCGUGCCAUGGACCGGAUUCAGGAAACCAUUCGCAAAACUUCUGAUUUUCUGCACGAUAUCCAUCGAAUUAUGGUCCUUGUGAGAGAGUAUUGCCCGGCAGAAGAGCCAAUGGGACGACGGGCCGGGGAGGCACUCCGGCAUCUCAGUUCCUUACUCAGGAGGCAGGCAACAACAAAGACGAAUUCGUAG